CUUCGAGGAGUUACAAAGAUUUAACUCAACCUUGAUACUGAAAACUGUACGAAAAGUUGCUCACUAAGCAUUCUUCCUUAAUCUCAGGCCACCACUAUUCUUCACACCUUGACGCUGUGCACUCGACAUCACUGCCCUGGAAACAAACUGACGGGAACAGAAACCACGCUAUCAAAGUAGUCAACAAGCCAAUAAGACUCACUGUCACACACACACACAUACACACACACACACACACACACACACACACACACAGUGGACCAGCAGCAGCAGUCACAGGAUUAAGCGAGGAGCGGCGAUGGCUGGGGACAAGACAGCGAGUGAUAAGGGCGGCGCGUGGCGGGUGCCGGACCUGUUGGCCACCAAGAUGCAAGGAGGCAACUUCAGCGAGGAUCAGGUGGCCUUCCUUAUCCAGAAGGUGACAGACGGCUCCAUGGACGACUGCCAGCUGGGUGCGUUGCUGGUGGCCAUCAAGGUGCGCGGCAUGAACUCUCAGGAGGUUGUGGCCCUCACCAGGUGUAUGAGGGACUCUGGGCGGGUUCUGGAGUGGCCGCAGGAGUGGCGCACAGUUGAUAAACACAGUACUGGAGGAGUGGGCGAUAAGGUGUCAUUGUCCCUGGUGCCCGCCCUGGCUGCCCUCGGCCUUCACGUGCCCAUGAUCAGCGGCAGGGGUUUGGAACACACCGGCGGCACUCUGGAUAAGCUGGAAAGUAUUCCUGGUUACCGGGUCGCGCUGACAGAGCAGGAGAUGCGGGCGGCCCUGGGGCAGGCGGGGUGCUGCAUUGUGGGCCAGACGAGCAACAUCACACCGGCAGACAAACGAAUGUAUGCCGCCCGGGAUAUCACCUCCACUGUUAACUCCCUGCCACUCAUUGUGUCUUCCAUAAUUAGCAAGAAGGCAGCGGGGGGCAUGAAGGCUCUAGUUCUGGAUGUGAAGUAUGGGGAUUCGGCCUUCAUGAAAACCGUGGAGGAGGCGAGGACACUGGCGAAGGCGAUGGUGGAAGUUUCAGGAGGGCUUGGCAUCAAGACCACGGCCUUAGUAACCGAGAUGAACAACCCCAUCGGGAAGGCUGUCGGCAACGCCCUCGAGGUGGUGGAGUCCCUGCAGUGCCUCAGAGGGGAAGGGCCGGCCGAUCUGCGCGAGCUUGUGGUGCAUCUUGGCGGGGAGCUGGUGGCGGCGGCGGGCGUGGCGGGCUCAGCGGAGGAGGGUCAGCGUGCCGUGGAGAGAGUCUUGAAUGACGGCAGCGCCCUCGCCUCCUUCAGGAAGAUGCUCGUGAUGCAGGGCGUCUCGGAGGAGGUUGCCGCUGAGCUGUGUGGAGAGAAACCCAACUACUCCAAGCUGCCCCGCGCCUCCUCCAUCACGCCUGUCAACGCCGCCACUACAGGUGUGAUAACUAAGUUGCACGCCAUGAGUCUCGCCCAGGUAUGUCAGAAGCUUGGGGCAGGGAGGGAGCGCACAGGUGACUCAAUUAACCUGGCGGUGGGCAUUGUGCUGAAAAAGAGCGUGGGUGAGCGAGUGGCGGCGGGCGAGGUGUGGGCGGACAUUCACCACGAUGGCCCCCUCGCCAUGACGCUCCUCGCCAAGGUGGCCGGCGCGGUGGUCAUCGAGGACAAGAACGCUUUCCCCACGCCCUCACGUAUCGCCGCCCGCAUCUCCUAGCCACCCUCCCCAUCGCUGCCGUGUCUCCUAGCCACCCUUACCCUUCCCCACCGUUGCCGCGUCUCACAGCCACUCUCUCUACCGCUGCGCUGGGGUGUCAAGACACUUAGGACAGAUUUCACAGUCACUUGAUAACGUUCCCAAGCAAAAGCCUUACCAACUUGGUAAAAGGUGUUACCAACACCUCGAUCUGAUUUCACAGCAGUUGUUUUCGUGGUUUCGGUGAUCCCAACCUGGUAACGAUCAUAACAAAACGAAUACCUCUGAUUCGGUAAUGCUGGUAUGCCGGAGUCCCCUUAUUAGACAAAAUGAGUCAAUUCAUGACAAAAGAACUGACCACGCCAGCACUGAAAGAGAGAGAGAGAGAGAGAGAGAGAGAGAGAGAGAGAGAGAGAGAGAGAGAGAGAGAGAGAGAGAGAGAGAGAGAGAGAGAGAGAGAGAGAGAGAGAG